AUGAAGUUGAACAUCAGCAACCCGGGCACCGGAGCUCAGAAGCUCAUCGAGGUCGAGGAUGAGCGCAAGCUGAGGGUCUUCAUGGAGAAGCGCAUGGGCGCAGAGGUCUCUGCCGAGGCUCUCGGCGACGAGUGGAAGGGCUACAUCUUCAAGAUCACCGGUGGCAACGACAAGCAGGGUUUCCCCAUGAAGCAGGGUGUCCUGCUGCCCAACCGUGUCCGCCUUCUGCUCGCCGACGGCCACUCGUGCUACCGCGCCCGCCGCACUGGCGAGCGCAAGCGCAAGUCGGUCCGCGGCUGCAUCGUCGGCAUGGACCUGUCCGUCCUGGCUCUGUCCAUCGCCAAGCGCGGCGAGCAGGACAUCCCCGGCCUCACCGACGUUGUCCACCCCAAGCGCCUCGGCCCCAAGCGCGCUACCAAGAUCCGCAAGUUCUUCGACCUCAGCAAGGAAGACGAUGUGCGGAAGUACGUCAUCCGCCGCGAGGUCCAGCCCAAGGGCGAGGGCAAGAAGCCUUACACCAAGGCCCCCAAGAUCCAGCGCCUGGUCACCCCCCAGCGCCUGCAGCACAAGCGCCACCGCAUCGCACUCAAGAAGCGCCAGUCCGAGAAGGUCAAGGACGCUGCCAACGAGUACGCCCAGAUCCUCGCCAAGCGUGUGGCCGAGGCCAAGGCUGUCAAGUCGGAGGCCCGCAAGCGGAGGGCCAGCUCCAUGCGCAAGUAA